AUGCACACUAGUCAAGUUUACGUUGAGCUUGAUACUGUAAAUAAGAAACCAAACAAAUGGUGGCACCACUGUUGGGUUAAAAUUACCGGCAUUUCCAUCAUUGUUUUAAUAGUUUUUGCUGUUAUCCUUGCUCUGGUGUUAAACUUCGUCGUUUUUGCACCGAAGAAAUCAGAAACUAGUACCACCGCAGCAACAUCAUCAUCAACAUCAUCAUCAUCACCACCACCACUAACAACAACACCAUUAGUGAUACCGACCACGACUCAGCAGACGAAAUGGUCUGUUACCGGUAAUAUGAAUGAUGCACGAGGUUAUCACACAGCAUCCGUAUUACCAAAUGGGAAAGUAUUAGUUACUGGUGGAUACGAGAAUAAUUCUAGUUAUUUAAAUAGUGCUGAAUUGUAUGAUCCAUCAACAGGUAUCUGGACAACUACUGGUAACAUGACUGAUGCGCGAAAUCUUCACACAUCAUCUGUAUUACAAAAUGGAAAAGUGUUAGUUACUGGUGGAGAAGGCAAUAGUCUUAAUUAUUUAAAUAGUGCUGAAUUGUAUGAUCCAUCAACAGGAACUUGGACAACUACUGGUAACAUGACUAAUGCACGAAGUUAUCACACAGCAUCUGUAUUAUCAAAUGGAAAAGUAUUAGUUACUGGUGGUCACAUUGGUAAUGAUGUUUAUUUAAAUAGUCCUGAGGUGUAUGAUCCAUCAACCGGUAUUUGGACAACUAUUAGUGACAUGACUGAUGCACGAGCUGGUCACACAGCAUCUGUAUUAUCAAAUGGAAAAGUAUUGAUUACUGGUGGAGUUGGUUAUGUUUUCUUAAAUAGUGCUGAGCUAUAUGAUCCAUCAACAGGUACGUGGACAACUACUGGUAGCAUGAUUAAUGCACGACAUCAACACACAGCAUCUGUAUUAUCAAAUGGGAAAGUUUUAGUUACUGGUGGAUUCCAUAUUUAUAUGGGUUAUUUGAAUAGUACAGAAUUAUAUCAAUUCUUUCAAACAAAUUAA